AGUCGCCCCCUCGCCUCCAUCUCUCUCAUCUGCCCUCCUCGACUCGACUCGACUCCCCUCCGCCGCCGCCGCCGCCAUCUUCCUCCUCCACCAGACCACCACCACCACCAACAACAACUCGUCGUCGCGUCUGCCUAGCUAGGGUUUCCCUUCUCUACCCAACCCUAGGAGGAAGAUGAGCCGCAGCCUUGGUAUCCCAGUGAAGCUGCUGCACGAGGCGGCGGGGCACGUGGUGACCGUGGAGCUCAAGACCGGCGAGGUGUACCGCGGCUCCAUGGUCGAGUGCGAGGACAACUGGAACUGCCAGCUCGACAACAUCACCUUCACCGCCAAGGACGGCAAGGUCUCCCAGCUGGAGCACGUCUUCAUCAGAGGAAGCAGGGUCAGGUUCAUGAUCAUACCCGACAUGCUCAAGAACGCCCCCAUGUUCAAGCGCCUCGAGGCUAGGAUUAGGGGUAAAGGCUCAGCUAUUGGUGUUGGCCGUGGCCGUGCCGUUGCUAUGCGUGCUCGGGCUGCUGCUGGUCGUGGUGGUGGUCCAGUUGGACGGGGUGGUGCACCUCCUGUGAGGCGGUAGAUUUACGGGCAGCUCAUUGUAUGCUGUUAUGAUAUGGAGGAAGUCCAGGGAGUCUUUGUGUUCAUCAUCCAAAACGUUGGUUCAGCAGCCAGAGUGCAUGUGAGCUAAGCUUAUGUACCUCCAUCCAGUUUAGUUUGCCUGUGUGCAGAAUGGAUGGAUGCAUGCCGGUGGUGUUAACUCGUAAGCAUGAUGUAUUGCAGCGAACUUUAGUAGCUCGGCUCAAGUUUUCAUAGGUGGGGCAGCGUUUUCAUGUAUGUAGACUAGUGACUCUUGACUUGUUUCGUUAUUAAUCCACUGUACCCUGCUGCCCGUUGAUAUGAAUGAAUAUUGCUGCUACUGUGCUAUUGCUGA